GUUAAGGUCAAUAUUUUUAAAUUUUCGAAUUUAAUUUUUUUAUAAUCGUCAUCUUUUUAACUCAUACAAUAAACACAAUCUUAAAUUAGUAUCUAUUCUAACACGUCGUUUUAACAAAAUUAAUCAUGUUACAAUCUUCAUAAUAACGGAUUAAAGAGGUUUCAGUUGAAUAUUUUUAAAUAAAAGAAACAAACAUGUUAAAGGGUAAAUUACGUCCUAUUUUAAAAUAUUCUUUGAUUACUAGCAUCAUUGGUGGUACGGCCUUAAGUUUAAAAACGAAUCAGUACCAAUUAGACUCAAUAGGUAUUGUUAGAUUAAGUAGGGCAGCCUAUACUGUUCUUCAAAUAGGAGUCAUCUACAAAAGGGACCUAUACGGUAGAAAACUUGAUCCCACGUCUGAAGAAUACAAAGAAACCAAGUCCAGUUGUCACAAACGAAGCGCAGAGAAGUUAUUAGACUUAUGUUGUACAAAUAAAGGUGUAUAUAUCAAAGUAGGCCAGCACCUUGCAGCUUUGGAGUACUUGUUGCCAAAUGAAUAUGUCCAAACUAUGAGAGUUCUCCAUUCUCAUGCUCCAACAAAUUCAUUAGAAGAUGUAUAUAAAGUAAUCAAAGAAGAUUUAAAAUGUGAGCCUUCUGAGUUAUUUGAAUCAAUGGAUCCUGAACCUCUAGGUACAGCUUCUUUAGCUCAAGUCCAUAAAGCCAAACUUAAAGAUGGAUCUGUGGUGGCCAUCAAAGUACAGCACCCGUAUGUACAAGGCAACUCAAAGGUUGACAUGAAAACAAUGGAAUACUUGGUGAAAUUGAUGAGCAAGGUCUUCCCGGAAUUCAAGAUUAAAUGGUUAGUGGAUGAAUCAAAGAAAAAUAUUCCUAAAGAGUUGGAUUUCGCACAGGAAGGAAAAAAUGCUGAAAAGGUUGCAAAGUUGUUUGAAGAUCUUGAUUGGUUGAAAAUACCAGCAAUUAGAUGGGAUUUAACGACCAAAAGAGUCCUAACAAUGGACUUCAUUGAAGGAGGCCAAGUAAAUGACUUGAAAUAUAUAAAAGACAACGGUAUUAACCCAUCCGAGGUAUCAGAUAAACUAGGAAGGUUGUAUUCAAAAAUGAUUUUCAUACAUGGCUUUGUCCACAGCGACCCACAUCCAGGAAAUAUUCUCGUUAAAAAAUCAGGCAAGGGUCACUGUGAUAUUGUUUUAUUAGAUCAUGGUCUUUAUGCUGAUUUAAAAGAUGAUUUAAAGGUUGCAUAUGCCAACUUGUGGCUUAGUAUUUUGAAUAGAGAUAGAAAAGGAAUGAGAAAUCAUGCGAGUAGUUUAGGAAUUGAAGGUAAUGCUUAUGGUUUAUUUGCUUGCAUGAUUACUGGAAGAAGUUGGGACAGUAUUGUUAGAGGAAUAGACAAAGAACAAAUGUCAAAAAAAGAAGCAAAUUUUCUUAAACAAAAUUUCACUGGAAUUCUACCGCAGAUAUCGGAAGUCCUUCAGAACGUUAACCCUCAGUUGCUACUUAUCUUAAAGACGAACGAUCUUCUGCGUGGCAUCGAACACGCGUUAAAAACCGGCGAAAGGAUGGGAUCAUUCCGAGUGAUGUCAGAAUGCUGUGUCAAAUCGGUGUACAACAUGAGGUAUACCAAAACGGAGAAGACGCUGGACAGAUUGAAGAUUUCUUUGGCUGAAUUGUGGGCGUUAUUAAAGAUUAGUGUUUAUUAUACGUUUUUAAAUUUAAAAAAUAGGUCUCUAGGUUUAUUCUCGUAAGAGAGAAAUUUUUGUUUUAGGGUUGUUUUGUUUAGGUGCUUCCAUUUUUGGUUUUAAGAAUUAUGUAAGUUUCUAAUCUUUGCUAGAUACUACACUAUGUAUAUAUUCGAAGGAGGGAAAUAAUUGGGUAAACACUUGAUAGACAACAGAGUGUACUCUUUUUACUAAAUCCAAUCUAUUUCGCCUAUUUUCAUUGGCAUUAUCAGGGAAAGCUACAAUGAUGGUCAUUCGAUGUCUUUUACAUAUGAUUAAUUAGUUCGUUACUUAUUAAGUGAGGAUGUUUGUCAAGAUGUUCGAGUUGAAGCAAUUAUACAUAACCAUAAAUAAAAAUUAAAACUAAGCCGCAGAAAUUGCACAUAUUUUAUGUUCACAAUUUAAACUAAAAUAUAUGUUAAACUAAUUAAUUUUUUUUUAUAUGAUAGAUUCAUGAAUUGAAGUAAUGUACUCUAUGUACCGGGUGGUCCAAUGAGCCGAUCUCUCGGCUAUAUAGCAGAAACAAUUCAUGUUAUCACUUUAAGAAAAAAAAC